UUAUUAUUUUCUCCAAGGGUUAUGACUUUCAGUACAAUGAAAUUGUAUAAAUAAAUGCUGUGGCUCCAUAGAAAUCGAAUGCCUUGAGAAGAAACAGUGAAACAGUGAAAAUAAAGUGAGGAAAAAAACAUGGACAGAAAUUGUUUAACACUGUAUUCUAUAAAAUGUUCGAUAUUUUUUGUUUUCUCUCUGCUUGUAUGUUGUCAAGGUGAAUGCUUCUUUGAUGCAAAAGGAACUUGUAAACACAAUGGACAGCUGUAUGGGAUCGGUGAGACCUGGUUAAGAAAGGACUGUUAUGAGUGUACCUGCCUAAGUCCUUUUGGAGUUGGUUGCUGUGAUGUCAGUUUACAGCCUGUUGAUUACCCCGAGUGGUGUGAAAUGAUUAAGAAACCAGAUACCUGCAGCACAGUCAUUGUGAUGAAAACUAACCAUAAAAUAACCUGCCAUGAGAGCAACUCUCACAACCGUUUCAGUACUCAAAGAAGAAACAUUUUAAAAUGAAUCCACAUUCUAAGACUAUCACAAUACUCAAGUUUGGAUGUCACGGCAAUGGACAAUUAAUCCAGGGUGAAAUGUCCAUUUUCCUAACUACAAUGCUAUGUCAUACAAUGAUGUAUUCAAACAUAUUUUCCAUGAUAAAACUUCACUUUUCUUGCAAUUUGUGUUUAACUGGUUGAUUUAUUUAAGUGAAAGAAACAUGAGAGCACCCAUUCUCUCUUUUAACUUUUUUUUGUG